GAUUUGCUUUUAUAUAUCUAUAUAUAUAAUUAUAGUUAGUUUUUUUUGUGCUUAAUAUGUUAAGCAUAUUAUUGAAUAAUGUGUCCCCGUUUCAUUAGAAUCGAACUAUAAAGCACAACAUCUAUACACGGCAAAUCAAUAAAAAUGGAUAAAUAAUAUUAUUGGUCUGUUAUCUAUGAAUGCAGCUUUUCAGUGCGAAUUGAUAAAAGUAAUCAAACAUUUCGCAUUGUUCGGAUAUUUUCAAUUCAUUGUCAUAGUCUUACGAGCACAAUGGCCGACAUUUAGUUUUUUGUUGCUACUCUGCAACCAAAUAAUUCGAAACAAGGUUCACAUGUAUCGCAAACUUGAUCAUCUGUCUUAAACGUAAACACAUUCGUUCUUUUUCAGAAGUUACAAUGCAAUAUCACCAAUACAUAUCUUCAUCAAUCUAUUUCACACACUCACAACAAUCACAUUAUCAUCAGAGUUGACGCAAUAGCUUAAUACACUCAACACAAAAUAUCUUUGAAAGUACCAAACAAUGCAACUGCCAAAUCAGUCUUUUUUGAACAAACGGAAAAAUAUUUGCUUUUUGUAAAGUUUAUGGUAUUAUGAUUUCCAUAAAAUCACCAACAAAACUAAGGAGAAGUAAGCCAUAAAUGUAAAAUUAUGAAAUUGGAUGAAAUCGUCGCUUGGUAUCAAAAGAAACUCGGUACAUAUGACAAGCAACCAUGGGAGCAGACAGUUGAACAUCGUAUCCUUAGUGGAUUUGUAAACACUCCAUCAAAAAAUGUUGCCUCUCGAACGGAAUACAUUGAUGUCGAUUUAGUUAGAGGAUCAACAUUUCCAAAAGCGAAACCAAAGCAAAGUCUUUUGACUGUGUUACAAUUGGCUGUUAUUCGUUACCUGUUGUUGCCAUUGUAUGCAAAAUGGUGGGUUGCACAAACAUCAUCGAAAAUUUUUGCAUUUUUAUUUUUUCUGUAUGUGAUGCAAAUGUUGAAUUGGGCCAUUUAUAGUUAUAACGUGAAUAAAUCUCAAAGUAAAUUGAAUGAAUCGAAUACAUACAAUGCAAAUAAUCAAGAUGAUAGGAUAUCAACAAAUGAUUUUAUUUCGAUUACUGAUUUAUUUGUACCAAUGACACUAAGUUUAGUACUGAGUUUGAUUCAUUCACAAAUAGUUGCCACAUCAUCGACCAAUUUAUCAAAGUCCGAUAAAUUGAAUAAAAACCCAUUUCAACAUAAUCGCAAGAAACGUGAACGCAAAAAACGUCGAAAAUCAACGCGAUCACGGUCCACAGUAAACACAUUGGAAACAAAACUUAGGACCAGCAAUUUGUUUGACGAAAAAGUUGAAAUCGAGUCUAAUGUACAAAUUACUUGUCGAUUGAGUGACGAACAACAACAACAACAACAAGAAGAAGGCGAAGAGCAGCCACAACAUCAACAGAAUGAGGAAAAUUGUAUACGAAAGCGAAACGUCAAUUGGUGUUCACCAAUUAAAAGCAAUUCAUCCGAGCCCACGAACAGAAAUGUUAAAAAUGAUGCAGUCGAUAAUCGAAAUGGUAACGAACCCAUCGGUGCCGAUGAUGAUGGAUUUGAAAGUCUGAAUGGAAAAAGUUCAAGCGGCGAAGAAAUGUUCGCACUGAAUAAUAUUAAUCAAGCAAUCGGAUUGAAUGCAGAAGUUGAAUCAACGACUCAUACGAAUAGUGCCUAUCUAAUUGGAUCAUUUGAUGAAAAUGACGCAAACCACAACAGUAAUAACGAGCAAAUUAAUAGAAUUUCUGAAAAUAAUUGUGAUAAAACAAAUAUGCGUAAUUUAUUAACAUUAAAACGUACACGAAUUACGCCUAAAAUUAUCUUAAAACGGUACACAAGUGAUGAGGAAGAGGAUGAGGCUGAUGGAUCACAACCAUCAUCGCCCAACUUGGCUCACAAACCAAUUGGAGAAGGCUCAUCAGCAGCAGAAUGGAUUGGCAUCACAACAAAUAGCGAAGAAUGCAGCUAUAGUUCAGCAGAUAAUUCUGAAUCACAAUUAGAAUAUUCAGAAAAUAAUAGUUGCGAAUGGAAUGAUUAUGUAAUGCCAACGGUUAUUUUGAAUUCGAAUUGUGCCAUCGGCGAUCGAAUAAACUGUACAACUUGGGACGGUCGAGAGGUGAAAAAAGCAGAAAUGUCCGUGCUUGAUAUAUCAUCGGCAAUCAUAAAACGAGUUGAAGCGAUUCCAGAAACUUGUGAUUAUAUUUACAUAGGACUUGUAUUCAGCCUAGUCUUAUCGUUAGUUCCGGCCUUUUGUCGUAUUUGUGAAGCUGUAAUAAAUUCAUCUGAAUCGAAUGAAAUCAACUUUAUGGAUAUGCCAGCAUUACUUUUGGACAAAACCUUAUUUUCAUAUGAAGAAACAUUGCAUCUGGCAUUUGAGGCGGCAACAUGGCAGAAAACUGUGCUGUUUAUUGAUUUUCUUCUACGGUUUUUCCUGACAUUUUUGUUCUUUUUUUUAUUGGCUGUAGCCGAACGUACAUUUAAACAGAGAUUUUUAUAUGCAAAACUUUUCUCACAUUUGACGUCAUCGCGACGUGCACGAAAAUCAGAACUGCCACAUUUCCGAUUGAAUAAAGUUCGGAAUAUUAAGACUUGGUUAAGUGUUCGAUCUUAUCUCAAGAGACGGGGACCACAGCGCUCCGUCGAUGUUAUUGUGUCAGGAGCAUUUAUUUUGACACUACUUUUGUUAGGAUACUUGAGCGUUCAAUGGUUAAAAGAUUCGGUACAGCUACAAUCCCAACAUACACUUGAAGCACUUAUUUGGUCGUGUGCAUUGGGUUGUUUUCUAACACGAUUCAUGACACUCGGUACGAAAAUUAAUCGAAAAUACCGUAGCAUUUCAGUAUUGAUCACUGAACAAAUAAAUUUGUAUUUGCAAAUUGAACAAAAACCACACAACAAAGACGAACUUAUGGUCUCGAAUAGUGUUUUAAAAUUAGCUGCAGAUUUACUUAAGGAAUUGGAAUCACCAUUUAAAAUUAGCGGUCUUAGUGCAAAUCCAUAUUUAUAUACAACAAUCAAAGUAGUCAUACUGUCCGCAUUGAGUGGUGUUCUAAGUGAAAUGUUAGGAUUUAAAUUAAAACUACAUAAAAUAAAAAUUAAAUAAAAUAUAUUUUUUAGAAGAAAUUUAGAACAUAUGAACGCUAAUACAAUUAAUAGACUUUAAUUCGAAUGUUCCUCUUAUCUUGCAGUUUCACCAUUAGUAAAUAUAGGUAUAGAAUAUUAUGAUAUUUAAAAUAUUGGUAGUAAAAUUAUCAUAAGAGAAUGAAAGGAUAUUUCUAGAUCCAGUCACGUGAGUGCAUCGUGCCGAUUAAAAUUUGAAAAUGUCAAAGACCAAUUGUAUUCUUUUUAUUCAAAAGCUGCAAAGAUAUAUAAUGUAUGGCCAAAUUUUUCAAUCGAAAAUUUGCAAUCGAUGCACGAAGUCGAAUUAAAUGAAGAGAAAAAUAAUAGCAAA